GGUCCCCCGACGCCAAGGAUGCGGGUCCUGCGGCCCCCCACCCUCCUCCUGCUGCUCUCGGGGGCGCUGGUCCUGACCCCCAGCCGGGCCGCCCCGGCCCUGCCCCCCGUCCGCCCCCCAGGCCCCCACUCCAUGAGGUAUUUCAGCACCGCCGUGUCCCGGCCCGGCCGCGGGGAGCCCCGGUACCUCUCCGUCGGCUUCGUGGACGACACGCAGUUCGUGCGGUUCGACAGCGACGCGGCGAGUGGGAGGAUGGAGCCGCGGGCGCCGUGGAUGCAGCAGCCGUGGAUGGAGCGGGAGCACCCGGAGUACUGGGAGGAGGAGACGCUGGAAGCCAAGAGAGAAGAACACCGUUUCCGAGUGAAACUGCAGACCCUGCUCGGCUACUACAACCAGAGCGAGGACGGGUCUCACAUCUUCCAGAGGAUUAGAGGCUGUGAUGUGGGACCCGACGGACGCCUCCUCCGCGCGUACCACCAAUACGCCUACGACGGCAGGGACUACAUCGCCAUGAACGAGGACCUGACCUCCUGGAACGCGGCUGAUGCAGCGGCUGAAAUCACAAAGCGCAAGUGGGAGGCGUCCAGUGCGUUAGAGAGAAAGAGGAGCUACCUGGAGGGGGACUGUGUGAAGUGGCUCCUCAUUCACCUGGACAAAGGGAAGGAGACCCUGCUGCGCGCAGACCCUCCAAAGGCACACGUGACCCACCACCCCGUCUCUGCCCGUGAGGUCACCCUGAGGUGCUGGGCGCGGGGCUUCUACCCUGCGGACAUCAGCCUGACCUGGCAGCGUGACGGGGAGGACCAGACCCAGGACAUGGAGCUGGUGGAGACCAGGCCUGCGGGGGACGGCACCUUCCAGAAGUGGGCGGCCGUGGAGGUGCCCCCUGGCGAGGAGCAGAGAUACACGUGCCAUGUGCAGCACGAGGGGCUGCCCGAGCCCCUGACCCUGAGAUGGGAGCCGCCUCCUCAGACCUUCAUCUCCAUCAUCCUGGGCAUCGCUGGGGGCCUGGUUCUGCUGGGAGCUGUGGCUGGAGCUGUGAUGUGGGGGAGGAGGCGCUCAGCAGGUGGAAAAGGAGGGAGCUGCGCUAAGGCUGCCAGCGGUGACAGCGCCCAGGGCUCUGAUGUGUCUCUCUGGGCCUCUAAAGCGUGAGGAGCUGCCUUGUGGGGACUGAGUGAUGGAAGGUGUGUCCACGCUCCCACUUCCUGACUCAGGAACCUCUGAUGGGGGGGCUGGCCCCGCCCUGCUCCCACAUUUUCUGGUCCUGCAGAUGCGGGCUGGGCCCUCACUAUCGCUGUCUUCACUUCCUUAUGCUCUGAGCUGCAAGCUGUUCCUUCCGCAUUGAAAUUAGGUUCUGGGGGUAACUUUGUUCAUUUCUUGCCAAGAGGGGUUGGUGGGUAAAUUAAAGGAGAAGACUCUAAAUUUUGAGAGGAAAUAAAUUAAACACCAAGAACUUUCCAGA